UUCAAUUGCUCAAGGACCAAAAUCGAAAUGGACCAAAGACUAAACUCACAGGUGAAAAUCAAUUUUAUGAAUGUUGGGACCAGACCGGGACAUACUCAGGCCAAACCUCGGGAGAGGGACCAGUGGGGAAGUAAGAUUGAGUUCAUUCUGGCAGUGGCUGGACACAUUGUUGGUUUGGGAAACGUCUGGAGGUUUCCAUACCUUUGCUACAAAAAUGGAGGAGGGGUUUUCUUCAUACCUUAUGUUUUGUUUUUGUUCACCUGUGGCAUCCCUCUCUUCUUCCUGGAGACAUCUUUGGGCCAGUACACCAGUCAGGGUGGAAUAACAUGUUGGAGAACAAUCUGCCCUCUUUUUGAAGGCUUAGGUUAUGGAAGCCAAGUGGUAGUUUUGUACACUGGGGUGUAUUACAUCAUCAUACUGGCCUGGACAUUUCUCUACCUGUUUUCAUCCUUCAGGUCUGAGCUUCCAUGGGCAAGCUGUCACAACAGCUGGAACACAGAUGCCUGUUUUGAGCAUGGUCACAAUCAAACAUCCCCUCUGCACCUGAAUGGCACAUCUUCAGUUGUAGAGUUUUGGGAGAGGAGGAUUUUGGGCCUGUCAAGUGGAAUUGAGAAUAUUGGCAAUGUUCGCUGGGAUCUGGCCCUUUGUCUACUACUUGCUUGGAUAUUGUGUUACUUCUGUGUCUGGAAUGGAGUUAAGUCCACAGGAAAGGUGGUCUACUUCACUGCCACAUUUCCAUAUGUAAUGCUGGUGGUGCUGCUCGUUCGUGGUCUUACAUUACCGGGGGCCAAAGAUGGAAUCAUGUUCUACCUCUACCCAGACCCAUCUCGCCUCACCGAUCCAGAGGUAUGGAUGGAUGCUGGCAGCCAAAUCUUUUACUCCUAUGGAGUUUGCACAGGUGUUUUGACAUCUUUAGGAAGUUACAACAAGUACAACAACAACUCCUACAGAGACUGUGUGUACCUGUGCAUGUUAAACAGUUUAACCAGCUUUGUAGCUGGCUUCGCCAUCUUUUCUGUGCUUGGUUUUAUGGCAAAGGAGCAAGGUGUGGAUAUAUCGAUGGUGGCUGAAUCAGGUCCAGGGUUGGCAUUCAUUGCUUAUCCUCGGGCGGUGGCUCUAAUGCCACUUCCCCAGCUGUGGGCUAUUUUCUUCUUCAUCAUGAUCAUCUUCUUAGGAUUAGAUAGUGAGUUUGUAUAUCAGGAGGCAUUGGUCACAACCAUCUCUGACAUGUUUCCUGACUUCUUUCAAAACAACUGCCGCCGUAAACUCCUUCUUCUUGCCAUUUCUAUUGGAAGUUUCUUUGUUGGUCUUCUGAUGGUCACCGAGGGAGGCCUUUAUAUUUUCCAGCUGUUUGACUAUUAUGCUUGCAGUGGGAUGACACUCCUGUUUAUUGCUAUUCUUCAGUCUGUCUGUAUUGGAUGGGUCUAUGGUGCAGAUCGUCAUUAUGAUAAUAUAAAGGACAUGAUUGGCUAUCGACCGAGGCCUUUCAUGAAAUAUUGUUGGCGGUACUUCACACCAGCUAUCUGCACUUGCACAUUUCUCUUCUCCUUGGUCAAAUAUACCCCGCUCAAAUUCAACAACACUUAUGAAUAUCCCUGGUGGGGCUACACCAUUGGAGUCUUAUUUACUCUCUCUUCAACACUCAUGGUUCCUCUAUGGAUGCUGUAUGCUGUGAGUGUCACUCCAGGAACACUGAGACAGAGGCUGAAAGUGCUGUGCACUCCAGCAAAGGACCUACCUACUGCGACAUUAAAGAAGGCAUCAAAUAAAAAAGCUUUUCAGACUUUCACAGACUUGAUCACACUGCGCACGACAGAAAUUCCUGUUGACAGAGCUCAGAGAUCAUCCAUUACUUAAACUGCAAGAAAGAAUUUUACUUUUUAUAUAUGGGCAACACUGACAAAUACUUAUACCAACAUAUUACAGUGUUUGUAGCAUCUGUUUACAAUAAGGUAAUCUGACCUUCCUGGUUGUAAAAACCUUUUUAUUGUGUGUUUCAGCCGGCAGCAAAUUUAUGAUAACUUCUGCAUGUUACAGCUUUUGGAAAUCGCACUGUAAGAUGUGGUUUUUAAAGAGUGCCUAAUAUUGUUACUGGGGAGAGAGAAAUUCUUUUCUUUUUAAGGAAGGAAAAAUGUUUUCCUUUCAUUAGAAAGUGUUAUAGACAGUGUCUUUCGUACAUUAAAUAUUGUAUUCCCAGAAGGUGUUAUAUUAUUAAUUACUUAAAAUUAAAUUAAAUAGUUAAAGGGUAUCAUCUUUAUUGAGUAACAAAUGAGGUUUGAUGUUGAGGUUUAGAGAAAACAAGGUUUUUAGGCAAGUACAGCACUUUACAAUGCAUCCAGUGUCACAAAUAUAACAGACCACACCUUUGUGCCUUCAACACCUGAAACGGAGGGAAAACUUUGUAUGCAGGAUGUAAUUCAACACACUGCAUGAGCUUAGCUAAAUGCUUUUUUUUUCAAUUUAAUUACAGAGUAAUAUGAAGCGUCAGUGUUAAACCAUUUCACACUUUAUACCCAAGAAUAUAUGGGCUGCAAUGUCAAACUUAUUGUGUAUUUCUAUGUAUGUGGAUCGCUGUAAUCAAGUACAAGCUUUCAUCACAAAACAUCUGUUACAGAUAGGGUAACAUGGGGUAAUUCUAACAAAAAACACAAAAUGUCAAUUUUUUUGCCUUAACAUUUGCUUUUAUGGGGAGAAUUAAAAUAAGUUUUGCAAUUGUUUACAGAGAAAUAUUUUAUAGUUUUUUGUUAAAGUAGUAAAAUGCUAAAUUAUUAUGUUUGGGGUUAGAUGCCCCCCCUCCAGUGGGGUAAAUUUUUAUUUCAAAAUAUUGUGUUUUAUUAUGUAAUUUUGUGCAUAUAUGUUUUUUCCCACAGUUCAAUUAAUGUAUGUUUGGUUUCUGUAAAGCGCUGGUAAUUUUGACAAGUGCUCUAAAAAAACUUUAUAAAAUUUCAUUAUCUCAUUAUUUUAUGGAGUAAAACAUGUGUAUUGACUCCAUUAUUGUUUAUGAAUUAUCUGUUGUGACAAUCAGAUGGAUUAUUUCUCAAAACUCCAUUAUUAUACCCCAGUAUUUUUAGUAAGUUGCCAUCAUUUUCUGCAGACUUCUUGUUCUUUCCGCCUAUACCACAGGCACUCUUACCUAAAUGUACCCUGCCGG